CAUCAUCUACUCCGAAGUGACGGUGCCGAGGCAGCUGGAGCCAAGGCACGGGGCUGUCACCGAGGAGGACAAGGCUUAUUUAAUCAUGGCAGAAGGCAAUUACCACGUCGUCCACCUGACGCAGGCAAAAAAUCUGGUAGCCAAGGACCUCCCGGUUUUCACUUACGGGGCCAAGGGGGAGCUGAUAACCGAGUUUCCGUACAUUCAGGAUGACUGCUUCUACCAGGGCUUCGUGGAGGGCUCCCCGGGCUCCGUCGUCUCCGUCAGCACGUGCUUUGGGAUCAGCGGGGUGCUGCAAAUCGGAGAGCUGAGGUACGAGAUCCAGCCGGUGGAGAACUCCUCGACCUUUCAGCACCUCAUUUUCCGAAAGGCGCCGGCACAAGGCUCGCCCCCGCUCUGCCAGGUGCCCAGGGAGCACCAGGACCGCCCGCCCGCAGGGGAGGAAAUCGCGAACGGGAGCAGGAAAAUCCUGGUUAUCGAGGAGGUCCCCGGGCUCCACAGCCUGCCCGUGCCCACCAGGUACCUGGAAUUAGCUCUCGUCGCCAACCAGGAGCUGUUCAAAGCUCACAGCCACAAUGAAACCCUCAUGCUGCACCUCUUCAUUUCCAUAAGCAACCUCCUGAACACGGUGUACAAGCGCAUGAAGCUGCAGGUCGUCAUCAGCGCGGUGGAGAUGUGGACCAGGGGGGACCAGGUGACGGCCACCCACAGCCUGGCCCAGACGCUGCAGUUCUUCACCACCUGGUGCCAGAGGGACGCCGCGGGGCGCAUCGAGUACGACCACGUGGAGCUGCUGCUGUAAGAGCCCCCGA